AUGGAGCCAGAGAUCUCUGACCCAGUUGAUUGGUCUGUCGAUGAGGUUGUAAGCUUCCUCUGCGGCGCUGGACCUGCACCAUGGGCGCAAUCUUCAAAUGCUCCACGGCCAGACCCGGCUGUACUUGGAGCAGCUCUCCGCGAUAAUGACAUAUGUGGAGAAGUCCUUAUGCAUGUCGACAACGACGGCCUGAAGGAUAUGGGCAUAAAAGCAUAUGGCCAUCGCAUCAUGCUGAUGAAAGCAAUCCAAUGGCUACAGCAAAAGUCUGUCAAGUACAGCUCAUCCCACAAAAAUGCUUCCAUUGAGGUCGCUGUUUCUACAACGUCUUCUCCAUACCCGCAUGAGGGCACCCCCGUGUCUGCUGCAAUGACCCCUAACCCUGUAGACCUCAUCACUUCCCCCAAAGGUACUCCUGCUGUUCACGCAACCCUUAAAACAAAAAGGAGGAUUGCGCCUACAUUGCUGCAAAAAGAAGUCCUCCCAAUAUCGGCAAAUCGGACGCUGCCAGAUGGCUCCUUGUCCCCAUCACAUGCAACUUCUCUAUCACAGGAUGUUUGCUUGAACAUUGCCAACAUACCCUCAAACAAGACUGUUUUGCACGACAACAGAGAUGGCUUAGUUGAGAAUAGUCCGGAGGCCCCGGCACGAACUGAAAAAGAAGAAGAAUUUUUAUCCUACUUGUUGAAGAAAUACGUGCCAGAGGAUGACGAUGCUGGCCUUCCUGGAUAUGGAGAAUCGGGAUCAGAAGGAGAGUAUGACAAGGAAACUUGGCAGGAAAUAGUGCAAGAUCAUCCAAGCCUCGAAGAUGAUCACCCGAGCCCCGAAGUAUCCCGACUCUCUGGCCUUUCCCGGGAAGAGUGUGAUAAAAUCUUGGCGCAAUACAUUACGGAGCAAAAAGAACUGUGGCGCCAGAAAGUCCUUCCGAAGAAACUUUCGAAAGCAGAAAGGCUGUGGUGUGCUUUUCGGCAAACCAACACGCUUGAGGAUGGCAAUGCGCUUCAGGAUGACAAUCUGCUUCAGGCUGAAAGACUUCGCCAUUCAAACCGCAUUGAGCAUCUUCAGGACCGUCUGAAAAAGAUUCAGCAGGCGAUCAUGGGUGUGUCAUACAGGUCACCCUCGGCUUUCCGGGGAGCAUGUGCGGCCAUCGAUAUGACGAUCUUUGAUCGGUGUACUGAAAGAUGGACACUGGAUAUCCUCGAAUUGGAUACAUGCCCGGAACCUGCUCCACGUCCAGCAAAGGUCCAUCGGCCUCGUGAGGAGCGGGAUAUGGAGUCGAUAUCGGCAGAAGAAGAUGAAGAUGAAACACUCACAUCUGAUGCGGAAUUCUCCUAUGGAGAUCCCAUCGAGGAGGAUGACAAUUUCGAGCCAUCUGUCGAUGAGGGUCAACCGGAUUCCGGUAGCCCCAUGACCAUCUCAUUGGAAGAUGAAGAUGCUGAAGUCCCAUCAAACACACCUCAUUCGGAAGCAGCUCAUGGAAUGCCUUUCGCUUUGGACUCUUCUCCCGAUUCUAGAUCCAGCCUGUCGCCCAACCCUCCCAACAAGCGACGACGUGUUAGCGAUCCAGGCCGAAGGGUCAAUGUCAGAAUGAAGGCUCCAGGUCCUUUCUAUCAAAACGACGACGAAGACAUAGAGGUAAUUGAUCUCACCAAUGCGGGCGACCAAUCCAAAUUAACUCCGUCACACCACGGUCAUGCUUCGGAGGACAUAAUCAAGACUCCACCCCUCAACCCAACUGUAAUAGCCGUUGACAUUGCUGAUGGCGACGAGAAGAUAUCCCUCAAAAGCCCUCCUCUAAAUUCAGCUCCAUUGCGACAAGAUCAUGCUACUGGGGUCAUAAUUAAGACUCCCCCUCUGAAUCCCACAUCACCCAUCAGGCUCAAGCUUUCUCAGCCCCGAGAUCGCCCAAUUGAAAUCGAACAGUCCUUGCCAAAGUCCACCGAUGGCUCCUCCCCGGUCCUCCUCGACAGUGCAAGCGAACCCGCCCAGCCCCAAACACUCUCGACUGCACUUCCGGAGAAUACAAAUACAGAUGACGCCGAUGUUCUCCGUAUGGUCGAGGGAAUGAGCAUGGCAUCCAUUGAGACCAGAAAAGAUCGUAUUCAGUUGUUAGCAAAGAUUGUUAUGCAAUUGCCAUCAAGUGAAUACAGAGGCUUUCCGGAAUACCUAGACAGGUGGAUUGACCCAAUCUACCGCGAAAAAAUCCAGGAAGUUAUUCGGGCCAUGAUGAACAACCAGCGAAAGCUCGAUGACGUCGAACCUGCCGAAAGCAAGCUUUCAAUGCGUUAUGGCGCUUUGUUCGUAUCUUGGUACCACUGUGCCAGCGUGACUUCAGCUGGACUUCAGCCCAGGCGACUCCAAGAGGCGCUGAAAGCGAUCGAGGAGGAUUGUGAUGAGGGUGUUUUGUUGUCAGUCUUUCACAAGAAACUUCAAUCGCUCAUCAACACAUACAAUGUUUUGCAUCCCGAGUCUUCACGACGACGCUCAUUGGGUGAGGGCUCAGGAAAGGAAGAUGAUUUGAGCCCGCCCUCGUUGCAGCCUUCUAAACAGAGCCUGAAAAGGAAAAAGCAGUACGUGCCGAAAGCACCCAAUAGUGUGCAGAAAAAUGCUCAGGAACGAAAAGCAGUGCAGGACCGAGCCAGAGAGGAAUUGAGGAAGGAGAGAGAGGAGAAGGGUUUGAGUAACAGUGACCGAGCGGGACAGGCGGUCACCUUCAAAGACCCUAUCAUCUACCUCAAUCCCGCCCUAGGUGAAUUCGUCAAACCGCAUCAACUUCUAGGAAUUCAGUUCAUGUGGCGUGAACUUUGUGACACCGAUAAUCCGCAAGGAUGCUUGCUUGCCCAUGUUAUGGGGCUAGGCAAGACCUUUCAGGUGAUAUCCCUCUUAGUAACGAUUGCCGAGGCGGCUGCCUCAGAAAACCCCAAAAUUAAAGCGCAAGUCCCCGAGAAAUUUCACCAAUCUCGAACUGUCAUUCUUUGUCCAGCUUUCCUGGUGCUCAAUUGGAAGAAAGAGUUCAAUUGCUGGGUUCCACCCAGUCAUCACCUUGGAACUGUCUUCCAGAUUAUAGCUGGUCCCAACACCGACCCUGCGGAAAGAAUGGCCACCCUUCAAGCCUGGAAUGAAGAAGGAGGUGUUAUCAUCAUGAGCUAUGAAAUGUUUCGGGGGUACAUCAAGAACGAUCAAAACCGCGCAAGUGGCCAGCAGCAUAAGAUGAUUUUAGAUGCUCUCUUGGUCAAGCCCAAUAUCGUGGUUGCUGACGAAGCACACAAAUUAAAGGGAGAAAAAUCAUACAUCAGCCAAGUGACUUCUCUCUUCGAAACCAAGAGUCGAAUCGCUAUGACAGGAUCACCUCUUGCAAACAACCUGUUCGAGUAUUACCAAAUGAUUGAAUGGGUUGCACCUGGUUAUUUGGAGACAGCGCAGUCUUUUAAGGAAAGGUACAUGGAACCUAUUCAGGACGGUCUGUACAUUGACAGCAAUCUGUACGAGCGGAGGGCAAGUCUUGUUGCGCUGAAGAUUCUCAAUGGGAUUUUAGAGCCCAAAAUUCAGCGCGCAGAUCAUUCAGUAAUUGCAUCAUAUCUGCCGCCCAAAAAAGAACUUGUCGUUCGUGUUCCCCUAUCAGAAACCCAGCGAAUGGCAUACAAUAUCUUCGUUGAGGAAUUGAAAGCCUCGGGCAAUUUUGCCAGGUUGUGGCAAUGGCUCGCGAUCAUGCAGCUGUGUUGCAAUCAUCCAAAACCGUUUCUAGACAAAUUAGAAGAUCGAACGGCCACCACAAGUCACGGAGUCGAAGCGUCUGUAUUGGAUGGGGACGCCGAUCUCCCCCCAAAAUUGUUGUCAAGAAUCAAGGCACUCUUGGCCCCGAUCUCCGACAUAUCGGACCCCAGCUUGUCCCAUCGAUCUUUGCUGCUCGACAGGAUUCUGGACGAGUCAAAGAGAAUCGGUGAUAAGGUCUUGGUAUUCUCCCAGAGUAUCCCGACGUUGAACUACCUGGACCAGUUAUUUAAUAAACGGGGUCGAAAUUACAAACGAAUCGAUGGAACUACUGAGGCUUCAAAGCGUCAAGGAAUUUCGACAAAAUUCAAUGAAGAUCCAAGUAUGGAGCUUUUGCUCAUCUCAACUCGGGCUGGUGGACUGGGCUUGAACAUACAUGGAGCAAACCGAGUCGUUAUCUUCGACUUUUUGUUCAAUCCGUCCUGGGAGGACCAAGCUAUCGGGCGUGCUUACCGUCUUGGCCAGACAAAACCCGUCUUUGUCUAUCGCUUUGUAGCGGCAGGGACUUUCGAAGAAAUCAUGUUCAAUCUGACUCUCUUCAAGUCCCAACUCACAGUCCGCGUGGUGGACCAGAAAAAUGUCCUUCGCGAGGGCCACAAGAAGCCCACGAAAUAUUUGGUCCCUGUCAAAGUGAGAGAGAAGCAACCGGUUGAUCACCUUCUGGGGCAAGAUCCUGAAGUCCUUGACAAGAUCAUUUCCGACGGCAGUCUUGCUGACAGUAUUCUGGAAAUCACCCAGUCUAAAGUUCAAGACGAUGAGAAUGACAAAUUGUCCCCCCAGGAAAACCUACGCGUCAAAGAUGAAUUGACUCUGGAGCAGCUUAAACGCAGCGACCCAGCGGCAUUUAGACUGGAAAUGAAGAAGCGUAAGCUGGCUGAGAAUGCUAAGGCCGAGGCAACGCGGCUUAAGUUGCAAGCCCAGCUCAGGCAGCAACAAGAGGAACAGCAGCAGAGGGAGCAGCGACUGCUGCAUACCUUGUCAGAUCCUGUUGGACCUCAGAACGAUCUGCCCCGAAACCCCCAGCAGCAAAACCCCCAGCGGCAGCAGCAGCAGGGGGUCCUUUCCGCGCAGCAAGCUGCAGGCACCUCACCAUUGAGACAGGUUGGUAUACAACCAACCGCUGCGCCAUCUGCACUUGGCCAGCCACCAGGCCCAAGUCUGUUUGGUCAAUCCUCCCGAAACCUAUCACCAUCCGGUCACUUUCAGCAGGCCAACCCAAGUCCAUUUGGCCAACCCUUCCAAAGCCCAUCAAUAUUCGGUCAACCUCAGCAGGCUAACACAUAUCCAUUUGGCCACCCUCCUGCACCUGCUGAAAUGCAGCGACUGCUGCACCAACGCGGAACGGGGCUUAUGCGCCAUCAAGAAAUUGCGCGGCAGCCUCCAAGCCUCUCACGAUCGGUACCUAAUGAUAAUUCGUCACAUCAUCGGGUGACUGGGAUGAAUUGGCUCCCUACGCUAUUAGCACAAGCGUCUGGACCAGAUGUCAAUUCCACACCAUACCCUCAUGCUCAGGCACGCCCAUCUUCAACCCCAAUCCCCGACCAUGUGCCAGUGAACCCGUGGCGGGCGUCCUCGAAUGAGUCAGUUUCAAGAUACCAAUCCCAACCUACCACUCCAACUUUCUCCCCACCGAAUCUGCAGGCCACUUUGAUGAGCAGCCGCAACCCUGCAAUGAGGGCUGCUUUCCCUUGUGAUAGAGAUGGGAAUUGGGUUCCAACUCGGCAAUUUCCCAUUCCUCCAGCUCAACCACAGUCACAGCCACAGGCCACGUCGGCUCGUCCGGCUUCCUCGUCACUUGAUUAUCCUGUACCAACAGACGAUCAACUGCCUCCCACCCAGACCGAGCCAGGACAGUAA